UAUUGUUGAAUUCUUGAAUAUAUUGAUGUCUGGUAACGCCAUACCGGCUGCGACAGCAAUUCAGCCACCAUUUGACAUUUCUAUCCAAAUUGCCGGGCGGGCCACGUAUUGUUUAAUAUCAGGAAUUCCUAAUUUGUAACUUAUUCGAAUGUUAAAAAUGGAAUCUUACGAAAGGUACGUGUCUCCCGUAAACCCUGCAGUUUUCCCUCAUCUGGCUACUGUCCUGCUAGCCAUUGGGACAUUCUUCACUGCGUGGUUUUUCGUGUUGGAAGUUUCACGGCCGAAAACCAAUGGAAAAGAAGCUAUUGUCAAGGAGCUAGCGAUAAGCUUCUUCGCUGCAAUAUUUUUAGGUGUUGGCAUCCUGUUCCUGUGUCUGUCUGUGGGGAUUUAUGUUUAAGAAGAUUUUUGUAAGUUAGAAUAGCCUCCUCUGAUUUUCCAUAAGAUAGUCUGGUGAUUUGUCCACUUUCUCAUUUUUGAUAUCCUUGUGUAACCACCAAAGGUAUUGCAAUAAAUUCUUCACUAGUUUGUGAAAUCGAC